GCUAUUGGCCGCGGGGGGUCGGGCCGUGGAGCGUCGGCAGAAACGGGGCGGGGCGGGAGGAGGCUGAGCCGCCACCGGAGACCGAACGGGAGCGGGCGAGAGCCGAGGUGGCCACGCUGGAGGAUGAGUAGGCAGGAGGCUGUCCUGGGACGACCUCUGAACCCCUGAUCCCAGGGGGCUGCCCCCUACAUCCCAGCUGGAGCCAGCCAUGGAGCACCCCAUGGCCAGAGGGGCACUGGCAGGGGGUGGCACCAGGCUGUCUGCCUCAGAGCGGAACGUCCGACGCCAGAGGCUUAUCGUGUAUAGACCCUCCACUGCAAAGCAGAGCUCCCCUGCCCCCCAGGGGCCCGAGGAGAAGGCUCCCCCGCUGUACUGGCUGCCCCAGGGCAGGGCCGGGUCUCCUCAGGCAAGGCGCCAGUCGGAGAGGCUGCAGGGCAGACGGCAGCGGCUGCAGCAGGGGGUGCCUCAGUGGGGCCCGGGGGCGGAGCUGUGGCUGGUGGCCUCGCCCAUGGAGAGAGCCCGGCACAGGGUACUGGCCAUUGCCCUGGAGGAGUGUCUUGCCACCACACAAGGGGCUGUCUCCCAAAGGGGCACCUCUCCCUCAGCUCAUCCAGCCAUUCCCUCCCUCCCAAGACACCACCUCCCUGGGAAGGCCUUGCCCCCUCUUGAGAGCCCUCCGCCUGGUUUGGAUUGGACCCCUAGGCAUCAGGAGCCCGCCGUGGACAGACCCUCCCUCAAGGAGCAUCGGUCUCCCGUCUGCCAGAGGCCUGAGAAUAAGGCCCCUGCAUCGUACUGGCCGCCCCAGGACACGGCCCGGUCCGAGUCAGAGCGGCUGCAGGGCAAGCGAUGGCUGGUGCGGCAGGGGGCGCCGCAGCAGAGUCGGGGGCCGGCGGCAUCUCCCUCCAUCUCCCAGCAGGGGAAGGAGCUGGUGACGUCACCCAUGGAGAGGGCCCAGCAACGCGUCCUGACCGUGGCACUGGAGGAGUGCCCCAUGGCAGCAGAUGCCAGCCUUCAGCAGGAAGAUCUGCUGAUGCCGUCGCCUCCUAACACGGUUGAUAAGCUGACAGCAUCUUCCUCAGACCAGUGGGAGCGCUGCCCACAGCCAGCAGAUCCUGUCCCAGAAGAAGCCGAGCCACCUGGCAGCCUCCUGCCUUCCUCCUCCUCCACCUGGCCUCCCCCGAUCUGUUCGCUGCUGCGCCCCCAGGCCACGGUCCCCCCCUUGCGGCACUGGGGUAUUACCCCUCUCUUCCAGAGCGUCAAAUCCAAGCUGGAGACCUUCGCCGACAUCUUUUUGAGCCCGGUCAAGCCGCGCCUGCGCCCCCCGCCUUCUCCCCAUCUGGGAGAGGGUGGAGAGCAGCCGGCGGAGCCCCCCAGCCCCGAGGAGGAGCCAGCGCAGAGCCGGAGUGGGCCGAGCCAGCAGGAGGCGCACAGCUCACGCCAGGGGGUGAACAUCGAGGUGAAAAUUGCCAUCUCGCAGCCAGCAGAGAGGAGGGGCCCUGGCGAGGCCAAAGAUGACGGGGAGGGGGACAGCAUUGUGAGCUGCAGACCCCCCAUCUGCCAGUGGCGCCUGAGCCCUGAGGACCCCAGCCAGCCCCGCCUGGGCCGCAGUUAUUCCUGCCCAGACUUCCCCUGGGCCAUGCCGUCCCCGUUGCUAGCGUCCGCCCCCUGCCCGCCGCGCCGGCGCCGUCACACAGUCUGCAGCCUGGAGGUGUCACGGGAGUUGCUGCGGGGCCACCCCUCGCUCCCCGUCCUGCCCUGCCUGCGCAAGGAGGUCUUCCCCUUCCCCUCCCCGGCCUCCCGCCGCCUGCUCAGCCCGGUGGUGUGCAUGACUCGCUGCGACGAAGCCCGUUCCUCCUGCCCAGGGCCACCCCACCACGAGGAGCCUGCCACUGCCCUGCUUUGCCCCAGGUCGUCCCACUGCCAUCCUGCCUUGCCCCAGCAUCUGGGCUCCAGGUGCCAUGGUAUCGCCUGGCCCACCAGACAAGGCCCUGAGAGGUUCCUGGUCCAUAUGGUCUUCUUGCCUCACAGGGACGGCUCCCAGCACCCAAAGCAGGGGGAGAGGGGCCAUGGUGUCACCACAGAUGGGAUUCUCCUGUCACACACAGAUGCCAAGUGCUCCCAGGAAGAGACGACAGGGAAGGUGUCCCGUUUCCGCAUCCGCAAGACCCCAGCCAAACAGCAAGCCAACCUCACGCCAAUGGGCCUGCCCCGACCGGUCAGGUUGGACAAGAAGGAGUUCAGUUUGGAGGAGAUCUACACGAAUAAGAACUACCGCACUCCCACCGAGAAGCGGACCUUCGAGACGAUCUUCGAGGAACCUCGGGAGCGGAAUGGGGCACUGGUGCUUACCAGCCAGCGCAAGCUGAAGCGAACCAUGGAAUUCCAGGACAGCAGCCUGCCCCGCAAGCAGCGCCGUGCCCGGCCCCGGGGAAGGCUGACGGGGCGAGCGCCAGGUGGGCGACGGGCCCCACCCCAGCACCUGGACCUGGAGGAACUGCUGCGCCAGCGCCUGGCCGAGCUGGACGCCCUAUUUGAAGCUGAUGAGGACUAGGAGAUGCUAUGCACUGUCCAAAUUCACACUGGGCAUUGAACCAGAGACUGAGUGGCCCCUCUGUCCUUGAUAUUGCUCAUUGGCCUGGGGGAGCUCCCAGAAUCCUCUGGGAUCCUAGGAGAGUAGUUACCUCCCAGGAUACUCCCAGAAGCCUCAGCUCUUCCAGGGAGCAUCUCCCCUGGGGAUACACCCAGAAUGUUCUGCUAUUGGAUCCUCUUAGAGCCAUCGUGUCCUUAGGGGUAUUCCCAGAAUCCUCAGCUUCCCUGUGGCUCCUGGACCCAUGUCCAAGCAGAGAUCUCUCCAGGAGAGAGAUGUCCUAGUUCUGCCCAGAAUACUUUGCUGCCCAGGAGUCAUCAUCUCCUUGAGCCCUAGUUCCACCCAGAAUUGGCUGCUCCCAGAUCUGCCUGAGCUGAGGCAGCCAUCUUGCAGCCAGUCACCAAGCUGCCUCUGCCACUGCUCCCCUCACAGGCUCCAGGUCCAGUCCAGGAGUGGGGUGAGGGGGAUGAAUGUCCAGCAGGUGUGAUGAACCUUUCUAUUCUCAGCAUUCAGUUGCCUACGCACAAAUCCUCCUGGUGCUUCCAUCCUCCUGGUGCUUCUGUCUAGUGCCCCCCAGUGGCUGAACGUACCAGGGGGCAGAUUGUUUGGGGGGAGGGGGCAUGAUUAGUCAUUUUAAGAUCCCCUCCCACUGGGUGCUUGGGGGGCAAGUGGCCUGUGUCCAGUCGGGCUGGGAUAUAGGGCAGGAGAGGGAGCUUGUGGGUAAAGGCACCAGGACAUCAGUUCCUUAUGUGCAUCAGGAGGAGGGUAUUUUCCCCUCUGAAGUGUGACUGCAGCCUCGGGGGCACCCUCAGGAGUCCUGGGCAGGCGGUGUCUCCUGGGCUGGGCCCCGCUGAGUUAGUCAGUGGAUAUUUGCUGGUUUUAUGUGUGUGGGUUUUUUUGAGAUCUAUAUUUCUAUUAAACUUUUCAACAAAAACAUCCA